AUGAAAAUAGUCAUCUUUACUAUUAUAACUACUGUCUUGGGAUUAGAGAUUUUGCCAUAUGUAGAGCCCACCAUGAUAGACACUGAGUUAUUAUUGACCUACAAAUCUAAUAUGGUACAAGUUGAUAAGUAUAACGAUAUUAAGACGUCAGAACUAGACAACAACAAGGUCGUUCAAGUUAUUUCGACCAGCUCAUAUAUUUUCAGUGAUGAAAUUGUGGAUAAUAUAUUUAACCAACAAUCCAAACCUGCCAAAUCAUCCACUAAAUAUAUUGAGGUAUCUUAUGAAGAUGCAAUCAGUGUAUCUCAAUCUCAAAUAUGGGCGAGGUUUAAAAAUUGUAUACCUAAUCAUUCCCAGAAUCGGGCAACUUAUAAACAAGGAUGGUCAAUUGACUUGGGAUCUGGUGGUAAUGCAAGAUUGGAUUUCAGUAAUUUUUUGGGUGGAAUUGGUCCAGCAUUUAAAAAUGAAUUAGUUGGUAGUUUCGGUAUUGGUGGAAGUUUAACUUGUGAAAUCAAUGCUGGGAAUCAUUUACAAAUUGCCGUGUUGGUGAAAAGUUUUACAGUAGAUAAAGUUAAACAACGUGAAGUCAAAUUUACAAAGUUUGGAUUGAAAAAUUCCAAAAAAAAGGGUUGGACGUUUUUCCCCAAGUUUGUAUUGUUUGACAAAAAAAGCCUUGAGAUUGCUUGUAUUACAGACCCCAAAUUCUUAGACUGCUCAUAG